AGUUUUCACACACAUACACAGAUAUAUAUGAAUGAUACUGAAUGUUAACUUUUGGUUUCUACCUUUUGUAAUGUGCACUUGGAAUUUAAAUUCCCCACAUUACUCCAUCUGUGUCCAGCACAUGGGUAAUAUAUUACCUUGGUUUUUUGCCACUUUAUUUGGUGGUCCUCCAGUAUGCUGCUGACCUUUCUGCGUACCUUUUUACCUUGGUUUUUUUAAUGGACUUUAAUUUUUUGGGAUGGAGUAUUUUUAAAAGUCGGGUCUGGAAAAAGUAAGUGUCGUUUUGGUUUUAAUAUGGUAAUGACAUAACAUUUCCUAGUUUGAGAGUUUCCAGGCAGGAAAUGACUGUUUUGGUCUCUACCACCUGUAAUGGAUAACUGUCAUGUGCUAUAGGGACCAUGUUCCAUGCUUCGUCUUGUAAUUAAGUGAUUUCGUCCUAUUUUUGCACCCAUGCCAUACUUUGUGUAUGAAGCUGGGAUAAUUUGAAUAAUUAAGAGUCUGUGAUGAUUGGUCCUAUAUGUUUUCUCAUAUUCUGUUUACUGAAAUAUUGGAAAUUAAUACGUAUCUUGGUGUGGCUACGUAGCUUGGUUGGAGCAGCCAUGGCGUUUUCAUAACCCUUUUUCUUAAAAUGAUUAUACAAAUAGAGCACAUCUGAGCAUCUUUAUAUUAACUUUGAAAUAGUUAUUUUCCUGGCAAUACAUAAUGCUCUAAUUCUGCCUUAUAAAGACAGUUAUAGUUGGUCCACUUAAGUGAUUUCAUCCUCUUUACAAUGCAAUGGUAUGCUUUGUGUAUAAUAAUGGAAUUAUUUUAAUAAUUAAGAGGCUGUGAUGAUUGGUUUUAUAUGUAUUCUCAUAUUUUGUUUAUUGAAAUUAAGGAGAUGAUUGUACAUUUCUGUGUUGUGACGAAGCUGGAAUAAUUUUGCAGCCAUGCUUCCGGCGGCGGCUGAGAGCUAGAUUUCCAGUUUGAGUCUGCGAUUGUCGAUGACAGAGUCAAUUGACACUGUCGGCACCCACCACUCUAUCCAAUCCGAUUCUGCCGUCAAAAUACCGGUGGUCGCUCUUAUCAGUCCCACAAGUUUCAGAUUGUAUCAAGUGCUGAAAGUUUUCAGUUUGUAUGAAGUGCCAAAGGAGGUUUUCAAGUUGUAUCAAUUGCAGAAGUUCCAAAAGUCAAAAGUGGACGAAUAUAGCGGUACGGAGUUUGUAUUAUCCAAUGUUCAGGCUCCGUAAUUUAUGUUUAAUAUUUGCAAGUCAAACUCCCAAUUAUAAAUAUAUUGUCUAAUUCCUCUUCUCUGCGGUUAUCUUCUAGUUUGCCUUCAUUUUUCUCUUCUCUAGCAUUACAUGGGUUCCUAAUAGACCCCAAUGGAUGAUGAGAAAGAGAAAAAGUGAAGAUAGGAAGGAUAUCAAAAGUUUUAGAAGUAUCACUUGUCUCAUAGUUAACAUAAUUUUAUUGGAGAUGCGGGUUUUAACUGAAAAAAUAGGAACAAAAAUGCAAAGGUAUAUAAAUGUCUGCAAUCUUUGACUCAAUGAAAGAACAUGUAUGUC